AUGGACAGGUUGAUAAGCUUAGAGCCAUCAAAUGUGGUUGCAAUUCGGAUCGAACAAGGUCAAAAGUGUUAUGGUGAGGUGACUUUGAGAAACGUUAUGUACACCAUGCCCGUAGCUUUCCGUCUACAGCCGAUGAACAAAGCUCGUUACACUAUCCGUCCACAAUCGGGGAUUAUAUCUCCGCUAACAACCGUUGUUGUCGAGAUCAUUUACGACUUCCCUCCGAAUUCAAGUCUCCCUGGGUCGGUUCCGUACUGUGAUGAUUCGUUCUUGUUGCAUAGUUUGGUGGUUCCUGGAGCCGUGGUUAAGAACCCGACCUCCACGUAUGAUUCGGUUCCGAGCGAUUGGUUUACGACACGGAAAAAACAAGUGUUUGUUGAUAGCGGUAUUAGGGUCAUGUUUGUUGGCUCAAUGGUGAUGGCUCAGCUUGUCAAGAAUGGGUCGAUGGAUGAAAUACGGGAUGUUUUGGAGAAGAGCGAUCCGGAUUGGAAGGCGGCUGAUUCGGUUGAUUCGGAAGGUCAAACGUUGCUUCACUUGGCGAUCUCGCAAAGCCGAGCUGACCUACUGCAGGUGUUACUAGAGUUCGAGCCAGAUGUGGAGGCUCGAAGCCGGUCAGGGUCGACUCCACUUGAGGAUGCGGCGGCCUCAGGUGAAAGCUUGAUUGUGGAGCUGUUACUAGCUCAUCGAGCCAACACGGAGAGGUCAGAGUCAUUCACGUGGGGCCCGAUCCACCUUGCUGCCAGAGCAGGCCAUCUGGACGUUCUGAAGCUCCUUUUACUCAGAGGAGCUCAGAUUAACGCGAUGACAAGAGAUGGGAAAACCGCUUUACACCUGGCAGUGGAGGAGAGGAGACGGGACUGUGCUCGACUACUGUUGACCGGCGGAGCACAGCCGGAUAUCGGAAACUCCGCCGAGAAUGAGACCCCAUUGCAUAUAGCUGCAGCCCUUGGGGAUGACAAGAUGGUCAAGCUUCUAUUACAAAAGGGAGCUAACAAAGACAUUCGAAACCGAUCCGGAAAAACCGCUUACGAUGUGGCGGCCGAGUACGGACACACACGUCUCUUUGAUGCACUCCGGCUUGGUGACGCCUUGUGCGUAGCUGCAAGAAAAGGGGAAUCAAGAACCAUCAUUCAGCUUCUUGAAGGCGGGGCCGCCAUCAACGGGCUGGACCAGCACGGAUGGACGAUCUUGCACCGAGCCGCGUUCAAGGGCCACACGGACAUGGUUCGGCUCUUGAUCGAAAAGGGUGUCCAUAUUGACGCAAAGGAUGAAGAAGGAUACACUUCUCUUCACUGUGCAGUCGAAUCGGGAAAUGCCGACGUGCUUGAACUGCUGGUAAAGAAAGGUGCGGACGUGAAAGCAAGAACGAACAAGGGUGUGACAGCAAUGCAAAUAGCGGACUCGUUAAAUUAUGCAGGAAUUACGAGAAUCCUCAUCAAUGGAGGUGCCAAUAAGGAUGAACUCACGGACGUCCGUAAAAACUCAAUGGUUUUUGCGAAUAAAACUGGUAGGAGAUCCGAUAAAGAGAUGGGUUCGAUGAAAAAAAAGACUACUCGAACCCGAGCACUUCGUGGUAGCUUUGGACGGUCUGGUUCACCGUUGGCUAUGUUUUAG